AUGGAGGAAUCGGUCCACAUAGGGAGGUUCAUGACAGCCACCCUUUGUUUCUCACUUCUGAAUUGCAUUUAUGCAUUGGUGGACACUGACGAUGUUCUAACCAAAGAAGAACAGAUUUAUUUACUGAACCAAGCUAAAGCAAAAUGUCACAAAGAGAUAAAUGCCCAGGAGGAGAGAAUUCAAGAUGGCCAUUGCUUACCUGAGUGGGAUGGAAUUAUUUGCUGGCCGGAAAGUUUCCCGAAUGAAAAAGUGGCAGUCCUCUGUCCUGACUACGUCUAUGACUUCAACCAUAACGGUCAUGCCUACAGACACUGCGAUGUCUAUGGGAACUGGGAAUUGGUGCCCAACAUGAACAAGACUUGGGCCAAUUACACGGAAUGUGCCAUAUUCUUUGCCCCGGAACGGCAGAACCAAGAAAAGGAGGUGUUUGACCGCCUGCACGUCAUCUACACUGUUGGCUACUCCAUCUCCCUCGCCUCCCUCCUGGUGGCCAUGUGCAUCCUUUGCUACUUCAAGCGACUUCACUGCACACGGAAUUACAUCCACCUUCACCUCUUUGCCUCUUUCAUCUGCCGAGCCGUGAGUAUCUUUGUGAAGGAUGUAGUGCUGUACUCUGCCGCGCAAUCUGAGGGGCUGCAGAAAGCGCAAGAUGAUGACUGGGAUGCUGAAGAGCUGAGCCUCUCCUUGGGAUCCAGGACCCAGCUGGCAGGCUGCAAAGUAGCUGUGACCGUCUUCCUCUAUUUCCUGGCUACCAACCACUAUUGGAUCUUAGUAGAAGGCCUGUACCUCCACAGCUUGAUCUUCAUGGCUUUCCUCUCCAACAAAAGCUACUUGUGGGCCCUCACGCUUAUUGGGUGGGGGGUACCUGCUGUCUUUGUGUCUAUUUGGGCCAGCGUAAGAGCGUCUCUGGCUGAUACACAGUGCUGGGACCUUAGCGCUGGAAACAUGAAAUGGAUCUACCAAGUUCCUAUCUUAGCAGCAAUUGUGGUGAACUUUUUCCUGUUCCUCAACAUUGUGAGAGUCCUUGCAUCAAAACUAUGGGAGACAAAUGCAGGGAAAUUAGAUCCCCGCCAACAGUACAGGAAGCUACUGAAAUCAACGUUAGUCCUGAUGCCCCUCUUUGGCGUCCAUUAUGUGGUGUUCAUGGCCAUGCCCUAUACAGCAGUUUCCAGCAUCCUCUGGCAAAUACAGAUGCACUACGAAAUGCUCUUCAAUUCUUUACAGGGUUUCUUUGUGGCUUUAAUUUACUGCUUUUGCAAUGGUGAGGUACAGGCAGAAAUUAAAAAAGCUCGUUUCCGGAGAAGCCUGGUACUGGACAUAAAGCAGAAGAGCCGAGUCACCAGCACAGGAGGGAGCUACUACUAUGGUGGGCUUGUGUCCCAUGCCACCAACAGCAUCAGUCUGAGCAUGGCCAGCUGGGGGGCAGCGUCUGCAGCAGCUGUAGCCAUGCCUCUGGGUGGCAAAAACUGGCUGCUGCAUCUUGCUCCCAAUGCCACUGCACCAGAAUACAUUCCUGGCUCCUCCACUCUGGAUAGUUCUCCAACCCAAGAGAUAACGCAGAAGGCCUUUGGGGAGAGCAUCAAGGCUUUAGUGGACUCCCCUGAUCUAGAAGGGAAACAGUCCAGUUUGAAAAAAGAGCUGGAGACCAUGCUAUAGAAA